AUGACACGUCUCAUCCUCUCGUCCGACUCAUAUCCCUCAAUGAACUUUGCUUUCGUUUCUCCUGAUAUUCCCGUUGUCUUUGAGAGCGUGUCGGGCACCACGUUCGUUUUCCCUGGCACGUGCGUAACAUCAAGUUGGAACUGGCUCAAGAACAUCGACGCGUUCAUCAGUCUGGGAUUUGCCUUGACAAUGUCUGUUGUGGUCGUGCUUGUAUGA